AUGACCUUCACCAUCUUCUCCAUCACCUGUCUUGCCCUGGUGGCCUCUGCUCUGGGUUGUGGAGUCCCUGCGAUUAAACCGCAGACGAUCGGCAGCAGGAUUUUGAACGGACAGAAUGCCAUCUCUGGUUCUUGGCCCUGGCAGGUCUCUCUCCAGAUUCCACAUCUGCGGAGGAUCCUUGAUCAACGAGAACUGGGUUCUCACUUCUGCCCAAUGCGCUGUCGUGUAAAAUUCUUCAAUCUGACAAACAUCACAUACAAAAGUGGUAAAUAUAUACACUGUCUGCUUUCUGUUGGUCAUUUAUGUAUUCAUUUUAUCUCUAUUUCUCUUUAUAGUGCUGGCUAUCAUAGUGUCAUUCUUGGAGAACAUAAUCGUGUCUCCAAUGCUGAACGCAUCCAGGUCAAACCAGUUUCCAAGGUCAUCACCCAUCCGCUGUACGACAUGGAAACCUUCGACAAUGACAUUGCUCUGCUGAAACUGUCGUCUCCAGUCACAUUCACUCCUCGUAUCUCUCCUGUAUGCCUGGCCGAAUCAAACGCCAGCAUCGUGCCUGGAACCCGCUGCUUCACCACUGGCUGGGGUAAAACGGGCACCACAUCAAACCCUCUGAUCCUGCAGCAAACAAGCAUACCUAUCAUAAGUCCUGCUGUGUGCAGGCAGUUGUGGGAUCCGAGCACAAUCACUGAUGCCAUGAUCUGUGCUGGAGCCUCUGGUUCCUCGUCUUGCCAGGGUGAUGCUGGUGGUCCUCUGGUGUGUGAGAGUUCAGGGGUCUGGACACUGGUGGGCUCAGUGUCUUGGGGAAGAAGCACUUGUGACCCCCGUUUCCCUGCAGUUUACACCAACAUCUCCAAAUUGCACUCUUGGAUCAAUGAGACAAUUUCUUCCAACUAGAUCACCAGUCUGAAUAUUUAUCCACCAGAGGAACAAAAAGCUGUUUUUAAUUAUUCAAAUGUAAUACAGUUUAUCUGUGUUGGUGUGUUUUUCAGUCUAUCUAUGGCUCUAAUGAUCUAGUGGUUACUUCAUGCUACUGUUUUCU